AUGAUCCGCCCAGAGACCGCGGAGCCCACCUACGGUGAGGUCCGCGCCCACCUGCUGCCCUCCAAGGGGCGGACACCCGGCUCCCGCCCCGACCCGCAGCCCCCAGCCCUGCCCAAGAAGGCCUUAACCCGCACCCAGUCCCUGCCCACACACUCGGCCCCCGGUCCCGGCUCCACGCGGAGGCCCCUCCUGGGAUCCCACAGCGUGGACGUGGACGACAGCCAGGCCGAGGCGGGGCCGGCCUGCCCUGCAGAGCUGGCCCUCGGCCUCGGGGAGCUGCACAGCCCGGGGGCGCUGCUCGCCCUGCAGCUCCAGGGCCUGCGCAGCAUCCACGCCCGGCUGCGGGCCCGGCUCACGGGCGGCCGCCGACACAGCUUCCGCCUCCUGGACAGCUCGCCAUGCGUGGAGAGCGGGGGCGCGCUCUACUACCGCGUGGUGUGCGUGCACGGCGACGUCUGGCACGUGCUGGCGCCCGAGGCGGGUGCCCAGGCCCCGGGGCGGAGGCCCCACUUCCACCUGCAGGGGCUGUGUGGCCUGGUGCGCAAGGGCGUACUGCCCGCGGCGCCCUGGACAGGCCCCGUGGCGCUGGUGGCCGAGGUGCCGGAGCGCACCGCGGCUCAGUGGCUGCAGGAGGUGAGCGCCCGGAGGCCGCGGGAGCUGGCGUGGGAGCAGUUGAGCGCGGCCUUGGAGCACCUGGCCGAGCUGCGCGCCCAGAACCUGCUGCUGGCCGCGCCCAGGGGCUGCGGCCGCGGGUCUCCGCGCCUGCUGCUCGCCGACUUCGGCUGCGCUGGCCGGGCGCCCACGCGCUGCCGCUGGGCCGCCUGCUCCUCGCUGCUUAGCGCCCUGGCGCCUCCCGAGGCCUCGCCCCUGCUCGCGGGCUUGCAGUGCUUGGCCGCGCGGCGCGCUCAGGCGCUGCUCUGGGGGCCCGGGCCGGAGUUGCGCGGCCGCGGGGCUCCGCUGGGGCGCUGGCUGCAGGUGCGCCUGCGCGGGCUGGUUCUGCAGCUGGGGGAGCGCGCGGCGGGGGGCCUGGCGCCGGACCUGCAGGACUGGCUGUGCUGCGAAGACCUGGCCGAGGCCACCGAGUUGUCUGGCCACGCCCUGGAGCUGCUGUGGGACUGA